CCGAGAAAGCAAGAAGAAAACAUCCGCCGUCUUCAUCAAGAGCAAAUCGAGGCCCUUAUUUUCAAUUGACAAAUUCUUCGCCGUAGCUCCGGCGAAUAAUUGAUCGGAAAGAUGAGAGGUGUAAUGGCAGCACUUUCGCCGUUAAACCAAUGGUCUCCAUCACCAACUCACGACAAUAACAUCUGCAGCAGCUUAAUCAAUCAACAAUCUCUACGAAAUCUCCUCAAAUUCCCCAUCCAAUUUGCCAAUCAAUCUGUUGCAAAUCGAGUAAAUUCACUUCCUUCUCUAGCCCUAAAUGCCUCCAAAUCCCCAACUCAAUCAUCCGUACUCCCUCCUCUCGUUGUCGUCGGAUCCGCAAAUCUCGAUAUAUUCCUGGAGAUCGAUCGGUUACCUAUAGAAGGCGAGACGAUUUCGGCGAAGACAAGUCAGACUCUCGCCGGUGGAAAGGGAGCGAAUCAGGCUGCGUGUGGCGGAAAGCUUGCGUACCCUACUUAUUUCGUCGGUCGGAUCGGGGCGGAUGCCAAUGGGAAACAAAUCAUGGAUGCGUUGGAGGUGCUAGGGGUUCAUCUUGAUAGAUUGACGGCGGAUUCCAGCUCUCCCACUGGUCAUGCCGUUGUAAUGUUGCAGCCAAAUGGACAGAACUCGAUCAUUAUUGUUGGCGGUGCUAAUAUGGCUUGUUGGCCGGAUAUUAUGCAUGAGGAGGAUUUGAAGAUUGUGAGGAAUGCUGGUAUUGUUUUGCUUCAGAGAGAGAUUCCUGAUCAUGUGAACAUUCAAGUGGCAAAGGCUGCAAGAAGUGCUGGUGUUCCAGUCAUUUUGGAUGCUGGGGGAGUAGAUGCGCCAGUUCCAGCAGAGCUUCUAAGUUUCGUCGAUAUCUUUAGUCCUAACGAAUCUGAACUUGCUCGAUUAACAGGAAUUAAAACCGACAGCUUUGAACAGAUCAGUCAAGCAGUAGCCAAAUGUCACCAAAUGGGUGUGAAACAAAUUCUCGUAAAGCUGGGAGAAAAGGGAUCAGCUCUAUUCGUUGAAGGAGAAGAGCCCAUAAAGCAGCCCAUUAUAUCAGCUUCUAAGGUCAUCGAUACAACUGGUGCUGGAGAUACUUUUACAGCUGCUUUUGCAGUGGCUCUAGUUGAAGGGAAGACGAAGAAAGAAUGCUUGAAAUUUGCAGCCGCGGCAGCUUCCUUAUGUGUUCAAGUAAUGGGAGCAAUUCCAAGUAUGCCUGACCGGAACUCAGUUCAGAAUCUUUUGCAAUCUGUUCAAUCUUAGAUAAGACCCUUCACAAGAAUCCAGUUGAGAACACAAAAAAAGGAUUAAUAAGGUCUCAGUUUGACAUAAUUUAAGUAAAGGGGCUUAUUUGAAUAUCUUUCAUAUGUUGUAAUUUCGAAAAUGAAAUAAGUUUAAAUAGUUAGGGAAGAUGAUUUGUGGUCAAUUUGUUUUU